AUGAGUCGAGUUCCUACUAUUUUGUGUGGGAAUUUGCUUCAAAUUUGUAAAUACUCUGAUCGUGCGAUAAUUUCUGGAAAAUGUCUCGUCUUCAUUCAACAACUGGCUACAUCAAGUAUCCUUUUGAAUGUUAUAUUUUAUUGUUAUUUUUAUCCAACAUAUUUUACUCCUUCCGGGUGGGCGGUUAAACCCCGUUAUCGUUCAGUGAUAUUUCCUGCGAUGCCCUGUCCCAAUACUGACACACCAUUAGUAUCUCGAUGA